GAUCUAUCUCGUCGCCCCUCAUCGUCUGUCCAAGCCCUCCGUUCUAGCUGCCGAGCAUGGAGGUUGUAGCUUCUCUGACGGACACCGAGAUCCCUCUUAUAAUCCAGCCUACCGUCGGCGCCUUCAUACCUAUCUUAGAGUCCCACAGAGCCGAGAUUGAAGGUGUGCCCCGCAAGACAUUCCGCUAUGGCGAGACGGAGAGGCACAACCUAGAUGUAUACUAUCCGUCUGCGGAAGCAUCAUCAGGAGGCUCUACUCCUGUCCUCUUCUUCAUCUACGGCGGAGGCUUCGACUCGGGCACUCGCCAGUUCCCUCCGCCGCUCGACCUCGGCUACACGAACGUCGGCGCAUUCUUCGCCAAACGCGGAUUUCUCACCGUGAUCCCAGACUACCGCCUGGUCCCGCUGGUAAAGUUCCCGGGACAGGCCGAGGACGUCCGCGACGCGAUCGCCUGGUUCCUCGCCAACACCGCCUCCGUCGCCGCUGCCGUGCCCUCCGCCGAGCUCGCGCUCUCGAACCCGAGCAUCUUCCUCAUGGGCCACUCCGCGGGCGCGCACAUCAUCACCUCGCUCUUCUUCCUUCCAUCCGUGCUCCCUCUCGGCUCGCCCGUGCGCGCUGCGACGCGCGGCCUCAUCCCGCAGGGCGGCGUGUUCCGCUUCGAGUGGGAGAAGCUGAUCACGCGCCCGGGCGUGCUCGAGGACCUGUACGGCUCGAAGGAGACGGCGCUUGAGUUCAUGCCGAUCGCGCUCGUGGAGAAGGCGGAUCAGGCGCUCAUUGCGUCGCUCCCGGACGUCUUCGUGCUGGUGAGCGAGCGCGACCCCGAGCGGCUCAAGGAUCAGACCGGCGAACUGGUAAAGACACUGGGGGCUCGCACAGGGAAGGACGUGAAGUACGAGGCUAUGAAGGGGCAUAACCACAUCAGUCCGCAUUGGGCGCUGUUCAGCGGCGAGGGCGAAGAGUGGGCCGUGCACGUUGCAGAGUGGAUCAAGUCCAAGGUUUAACUUACUGUCGGGGUGCACACGUUUUGGAAAAUCAUGAAAGAGGUAUUAUUCUGCGCUGUACGAGUAGGCGAGAUUAAAUAUGUACCAAGUACGUGCUCGGAAUAUACAAACAGAUGACAAUG